AUGUAUGGAAUCGAGCUAGGACGACAUCACAGGGCACGUCAAACCCCUCACGUCGCGACCUCCCUGCCGCUGCCGCCAACUCCCGUCCGCACUGUCCGCAAGAACAAGUUCGUCGACUUCGUCGGUGAGUACCACCUGGACCUCAUCGUGGGCUACGGCGCGGUGCCGGUGAUCGUGCCGUGCGUGGCGGGGGUGCACGCGCUGCUGGACUCGUUCGAGCCCAUCCAUGGCGUGCUCCUCUGCGAGGGCGAGGACAUCGACCCGUCCCUCUACGACUCCGCCGACGCCGGCACCAACGGCUCGCUCUCGCCGGAGCAGCUGGAGGCCGUGCGGCGCCUACACCCGAGCGACGCGGCCAUCGACCACGAAAAGGACUCGAUCGAGCUCCGCCUCGCGCGCCGCUGCCUGGAGCGCAACAUCCCCUACCUAGGCAUCUGCCGCGGCUUGCAGGUGCUCAACGUCGCCUGCGGUGGCUUGCUGUACCAGGACGUGGAGCAUGAGCUGAAGCCCAAGUGCAGUGCUGACGGUGACUGCUGGGUCGCGAGCGGAGGCCGUCUCAGCAAUGGUGCACGCGUGGCGGCUCCGGGGGAGACACUUCUGUGGUGCCCGCAAGCCUACAACUGCCGUGUCGCCGUGCACGUGCAGUUUGAGGUACAGUCAGUCCCCUACCGCUACUACCUGCUGGCGGUACUGCAGGGAUACGGUUGA